AACCGAGUAUGUGCUCAGUCCCUCACUCACAAUUUUUUCCUCCUCCCUCUCUUUCCCUCUCCCUCUCCCUGUCCCUCGUUCACUCUCUCUUUCUCUUCUCUCUGUCCGCGUGUGUGUGCGUAGUCUUGAAGCACUGCCAAGUAGAGUGUGUUUUUUGAAUGAAUACCUGAUGAGGCUGCUGAGGCUGACUGGGGGAAGGAGGAGCCGUUUUCUCUAGAGCUGUGUGUGUGUAUGUGUGAAGAGCAGAAGAGAGAGAGAUAGAGCGAGCUGGCAGUCUGUUUGCCUUGCAUAACAUACGCUGUAGCUCUCACACGUAGGGCUAGUGAAACAGCGCAGACGAGGGAACUUCCUUUACCCUCAGCCCUCUGAGCAUUUGUGGAAGGAAGUGGAGGAAAGUGAAGGCGGGGGGACCAUUGGACAUGGAAGAAAACAUAAAUCAGAGGAUUGCGCGUGUGACUUGAUAGCAGAGCUAAACCUGGACAAAGGACAGCUUGCCAGUGGGUAGAGUGAGUUACACUCGUAGUGCAGAUAGAGAGAGAGAGAGAGAGAGGUAUUAAAUGCACCCAUAAAGAAAGGUACGGACCAAUAUUCAUCAGUGAGAGAUGAUUCCACAUGAAGCACAUGAAUCCUUUCAUGACAAGAGUCCUGACAAUGGGCAAAACUAUAGUAAAAGUGGGGCAAAGUAAAAAAAAUAGAAUAUCUUAACAAGUGAGUUUUACUUCACACUUUAAAACAUCCUGAUUAAGACAAGUGGGUUAAAAAUCGGGAAAAGCUCAAAGACGAUGAAGUCUAACCAGGAGCGUUGUAAUGAGUGCCUUCCGCCAAAAAAGCGGGAGAUUUUAGCUCUGGAAGAGAAGCAGGUGCUGGUGUCAGCUGCUGUUAGUGACAGCCAAAAUGGAGAGAAUUUGGCUUGGCUAGCCAGCGUUGCUACCAUGGCUAGCAUGGCCCACAUCCCCAACAAUGCAGGCCCAUCACAGAGCAACAGUGCUGAGCCUGACAGCCCCCCACCAUCAAAUAAGGCUCUCACUGUGGUGACAGAAUAUCCUCUAACUACUACAUCUGCUGGCUUUUCAUUCUCUUCGAACAGCUCAACAUACAGGGGAGUAUUCUCUGGGCCUACCGUGCUAACAUCCAAUCCUGCGGUUCUUUCCACAAACCUUCCCCAAACUAUAGGCUCCGUCCAAUACACACAACUUCCCCCCAAUCUCCAGCUCAUAGGGCCCUAUACAAGUUAUAUCUCUUCACAGAUUGUGCCGUCCACGACUAGUCCAACACAGCCACGGAGGACACCACAAGAGGUCUUGGCCACGACAGCUGUCAUAUCACAAGCAUCCAGCCUUGAUUCACAGAAUCAUCAUGUGAUUUCUUCUAUACCAAAUGUUUCCCACACUCAAUGCAUCCAGGUAGACAGUGCGCCUUUGGGUUUGACAGUUUCCUCCCCUUCUGCUCAACUGCCAAUUCAAAUCCAUCCACAUUCAGCAGUCCUUGCCCCUCAUGCCCUGGCCCUUACCCCCUCUCAAGUGGUUCUACAUUAUACAGAUGGCUUCAUUGCAAAGCAGCCAGGCUCCCAUCCCAGAGAGAUGCAGAAUGGCACACUAGGGGAGAUUGCAGUGGUCAAGCACAGUACUGCCAAAGUAAUUUCUAGCCAGUCAGAAGGCGACCAGAGCCACAAGCAAAACCAUGACCUGGGCCUUCAGACCCAAGCUCAGGUUCUGCUCCCAGCAGACUACAGCACUCAUGACAGAACAGGACUGCAGACAUCACUGAUGUUGGUGUCCAGUAGCCACCUUGCAGCAAACAACUCAGAGCUCCAAAGUAUUUUGGGUAAGGACCACUUAUCUUUGCACCUUGCUGAGAGAGGAGGGAUCUGCAUAGGCAAACCAAUGUCCAGAGUGUCUGCCCUUACUUCCUCAGACAGCCAAGUUUCUCCUGCCUCCACGAUCCUCCCGCACACACUCAUGCAGGCUCCUCACAACACUCCCCAACAAGAGCUCUCCACCAGCCUUUACUCUGCUACACAGCUCCCAAUUAUUGGCUACAUCACCAGUGCUUCUGGUGGACCCCAGCAAGCAGUAACUGGUUAUCAGAGCAACCUGCCACAGCACGUGGUGAUCUCAGGCAACCCCUCCUUGCUCAUUCCGGUGAGUGCCACUAACAUCAAUCCACCUACUGCUGAGCCAGAGCUCAACCGCUGUUCUGUAAUCCCCAGUAUAGCCAAUGCAUCAACAGCUCUGCCUCAGACCUUUAUUAAUACAUCCCCACCUGCAGCUUCAGUCCUACCCAAUGGUAAAGACAUCACAGUCUCUGAUGGAGGUCAUGGGUCUUGUGUUGUGCCAAGUCCAACCCAAAUACAGCUGCCUGUUCUUUCAGCCAGUGUGGUUGGUUCUCCAGUUCCUGUAACACCUCCAACAUCCAUAAGCCCUCACAGCUCACCAUCAUCACCAUCAGCGGUCCUACCACCAUUCUUCAUGAAGGGCUCUAUUAUUCAAUUGGCAGAUGGCGAACUAAAGCGUGUGGAGGAUCUGCGAACAGAGGACUUUGUGCAAAGUGCGGAGGUGAGUGGAGAACUGAAGAUUGACUCCAGCACUGUAGAGCACAUAGAGUGCAGCCGCACACCCAAUGCUGUCAUCAUACAGUUCUCAGUGGGAGAGAACAAAGCCCAGGUCUGUGUUGAGGUUCUGGUGGAAUACCCUUUCUUUGUGUUUGGUCAAGGUUGGUCAUCCUGCUGCCCAGACCGCACCACCCAGUUGCUAGCUCUAUCCUGUGCUAAACUGUCUGUGGGCGAUGUUUGUAUUUCCCUCACCCUUAAAAGCCUAAAUGAUAGCAUUCAAAAGAAAGAUCAUUUUUCAAACUGUGUGACGAAACACAACAAUACUUUGAAACCAGCCAAAAACAAUGGGCCAAGUGAGGAAAGACAAACCCAAAUGGAGGAUCUUAAGAAAGGACACAAAAUGACAUCAGGAGUGGAAAAUAGUUCAGGAACACUGGUUGAGAUUUCCAACCAAAGAAAUGUGUUGACCCUCUUAGAGAAUGGGGACAUAAAUCCUCAGACACAAGUGAAUCUCCAGAACCAGGCAGAAAAAACCUACACAUUCAGUGCUGAGAGAGCAGUUAGCCGCAAGAGGAGAUGGUCUGCCCCAGAGAGGGGAGAAAUGUUGAGGUCGCAAGAGGACCCUCAGAUUUUACCCAAAUUUUCCUUCCUCCCACAUCACCUGAAGGUCAGCAUUGAGGGCCGCUCCAGCACAGGUUGCUGAGAUGUUCAGAACUCCAUAGAGCAGUGGUGGGGAGUCAGUUUCUAACAAGAUAUACAUUAAUUAGCUUUUCUUAAUUUGAGAAAUCACAUGAACUAAAUAAAAUGUAUUUUUGCUUGGUGUACAAGAAAAUGCUUUUGCUUCAAUAACAGAGACUCAGAAAACUUGACCCGUCACUGCCAUGUACUCUAAGAGGGACAAGGAAGAGCAGAUUUCUUUUUGGUACUUUGUUGCUUUCCUAUCAAAUUCAUACCAAGGUUAUUGUAAUAUUAGAUGUGAUCAUCUGUGAGCAUUUGAGUCAUGUCAUAUGUAACAUUAAUCCUUAGAUUUUCUUUUAAAUCAGCUGGACAUGACAGUUUUGGGUUGUAUGUUGCAAGGUCCGACCACUUUUUUCUCAGCUUGCUGAGCAUUCAGUGUCUUUAGUCUACUGUUAUGUGUACCAAAUUCAUUCAUAAUCAGGGCUUUUACUGGAUGAGGACUGUUACAUGGAUUGAUGGAAAAAGGAUAACAGUAAGACGACACUUGUGUGACUUUGAUUACAAGUGAUUUCUGUAAAUUGUGUAAGCAUGAUUUUCUUGACAGAAGCAGCCUCCCACUUGUUUCUGCCCCCAAUAAUCCCUUGCUUACAUAAUGACAUCUGAGAGUGACAGGCUUUGCUCGAGUGACUACUUUGAAUCUGACUUAGGUCAAGUAAGGCAUCAAGAUACAACAAUGAAUGUUAAAUGAUUUAUCCUUAUUUGUUAAUUCAAUUGCUGAUAGUCUUUUAGAUAUGCAAUACUGAGCUUUCACAUACCUCAUGUGUGCAUUUAACAGUUAACCCAAUCAGAUAGCCUGAUCGGAUCUGUGAUCUCAGUUUUGAGUGAGUAAUCAUUUGAAAAAUCUUAACAUUGUCAAAGUGGCUAUGUAGAGAAGUCUCCAUUCAAGUCAGAAUUAGCACUUUAAAGAAAGGUUAGGGGAAGUUGAAUGAAUGGAUGGAAACAUUCCCACCUCUGUUUUGUUACUACAGCGACAGACCAUUUUGAGUGCUGUUAGUCAUUUUGUGCGUUAUUAGCCAUUUUACAUGCAAGGCCCUUUCUCAUUUAGUAUUUUUCAAUUAUGAUGUCUUCUUUACUCAUUUUUAUUUAGUAUUGUGGGUCUUAAUCAGUCUGGCUGCAAUAAUAAAUUCUUUAUUAAAGACACAAUAUAAUUACCACACAACUAAAUCUACGCAGCAUCCUUGUUGUUCAAAACAGGCUGUGUUUCACAGGUUUCUCACAAACAGAAUUGAACUUUUUGUAUCUAAACUUGUUUAUAAAGGAAAUUUAGCUUCUAAUAAAGUUAACAAAAUUGACCCAGAUAUGAUCAUUCAAAUAGUAAGAAUCAGUGGGUCAAAGAAGGACGCUAUGCUGUGUUCAAUCUUCUCUGUCACCGAAAAUCUACAUUUUCAGUGGUCAAAAAUGGGUUGCUAACAUGGACACAAGACAUUCUGAACGGACUAUACUUCAGUUUCUUACAGCCUAAUUUUUGUUUGCAUCAAAAUAAUAUAUAGCUACUGCUCAGACUAAAGGUAUGUCAUCCACUGUGGGUCUCUUUUAAAAUGUUGAUUUCUCCACACUUAGCAGUAUGCUGCUAAUGACCUAAACAUGUCAUAAUCUGACUUUUAACUCCUCUGCAGAGAAAAAAAAAAAAGAAUACAAAAUGAAUGUUGAGACACUAUUUUUAGAUUUUAAUAUCCAUAUGAUCUAUUCUAUCUGUCUUUAUUUUUGCUGUGCUGGUCAUGUUAAACCAACUUAAAGGAAUUAAUUUUGUACACUGCAAUGAAAAAUUACAGAUAAGGUAAUACUCCAUAAACCUUUUUUAAAUGACAAAUAUAAUUGCUCUAUUCCAUGAACAAAAGCCUUAUGGAACUAUCUUCAGAUGUAUUUUGUGUCACAAAAUAAUUCUUAUCCUACUCAACUGACUGUUUAAUACAUUUGAGUGCUGUUAUAAAUUCAGAAAAAAAAUCUUUGAAUACAUUUAAGAAUUUUGCUAUUUGCACAAGUAGACGUUUUAAAGAGGAAAGCCGAGUGUAUGGACUAGUUAACACUUCAUAUUGCCAGCUCUGUAGGUAACCUAGAAACUAUACAUUUUUAUAUGUGCGGUCGUGAGUGAGAGUUUUACACAUACAUCAGUUUGUUGACUGAUUUGAAAAAGGUAUUGUUGCAUCCAGGGUUAUAUUCAGAUGGAAUCACAAUAGACCUCAUAUUGCAGAAGUAAUGCUUGAUUGCACCUUCAGUCCAAUUUGGAUUUAGAUUUUAUGCACUUUUGAAGAGGGGGGACAAUGAAAGAGAAAUGAAUGGGAUUGGUGAUUAGUAGCCACGCAGCUAUAUGUUUAAUACAGCCUAUUGUAAUGGUGAUAUUGGUAAGGCAGUAGAAAAUUCAGUGCUAUGACAAUAGACUAAAAACCAUUACAAAAGUGUCAGUGUCGUUGUUCGUUUCAUGUUUAUCAUUGUUCUAUCUCUUCUCUCUCUCUCUUUAUUUUCCUGUGUAGCUAUAUGUUCAUGUGUUUGUGCACUGUGUGGAUAACUUCACUGAAGACAGUCAGGUUUCAACCUCAGAACCACAAAUGUUCUUAUAUCCAGUGUGUGCUGUUCUAUUCUAAUCUAACAACAGCAAUUUAUUAUCAUCUGCAUUAAAAACUUUUUUUUUUUUUUUAAAGAAGGCUGUCAGCCACUUGAAGGCAUAAAAGCGUUAUAAUGAUUUAUAGUCCUGCUGCAUUCUCAGGUUGAGAAACUGGCCUGACUGUUUUUUGUCCUCUUUUACGUUUUUGCAAAAAUGCUCAAAGUUACAAAAACUGAGCUGGUGUUUAUUUAGCUCCAGUGCUAUGACUCAUGGGAAGUCACUGGCUGACUAUUGCGCCCUCUACAGCCCAUCACUGUACAUGCACCCAAUGUACAAAGAAGGCUAACUUUUAACUAGCAUGAUGACAUGUUGCAAAUGAAUGUAACUUACGUGCUUGCUAUUGAAAAUGUAUUCAUAUGGAAAAAUACAACUUUCUGUUGUAUGAACAAGGUUGGGCAUCAACAAUAUGGCUUUUUUAUAUUAUAUAUAUAUAUCCAAAGACAGUCAGAAUUUGCUGUAUGCAUAUGCCUCAAUGCUCCAUAGCCAGCAUUAGCUCUAGCAAUACCACAAGGCCUCGUUUUGGGUUGGAAGACCAAACUUGAUGCCUAGAAAUUGACCUAUAACAUACACAGACACUGAUCUCAUUGUUUUGUUUUGUUGUUCUUUUGUAAAGUAAGAUCUAGAUGUUUUACCUCCCAUUAAACCUCAAUCGCCAGAGUGACACUUAUCUUUAAAAAAGGAAGAAAAAAAGCACAUAACUAAUUUCACAUUUUCUGAUAUAUUCAAUGUAAAUGACUGUAUUUGUGUGAUUCGUUGUACCUGUGAUAUUUUUUCUCAUUCUUUGACAAGCUCCUUUUCUACAAACUGACAAAAAGCAAUUAAGAUAGAAGUCAACCUCAACUUUUCUAAACUGUGGUGUGUUUAUGUGAACAGAGCAUCCAAGACUGUUCAGUGAAGUCAGUGAUCAUUUCUUUGGUGGUGCUUGCAGGUUUUUGUAGCUUAUUUGAUUUUUGUGAAAUGGAAAGGAACAUCGGACUCGACUUUUGGCAAAUAUGUCCAGUUCAAUGACUUCCUAUAUAGUAUAAAUCUAUUGUAUCUGUAUAAUCACUCUAAUAAAAUACUGUGCCAAUUUUAGUUGCCUUUUUCCUUUGAUGAAGUGGGAUGUUGUUUGAGAUGAUAAACCUAAAAUUGACUGUACGGCUAGAUAUAGAUGCUUUUAAUUUAUUCAAUAGAAAAGACAAGGUUGUUCUUCACCCCUUUACAAAGCCUCCUGAGACACCGACAUUCUGACUACACAAGCUGUAUAAUUCCUCAUAUUUGCACAUAUGCUACAUAUAUACUGUAUACUUCCUUAUAUAUUCCACACUCACUUUUUUCUUUUCUUUUCUUCCUUUGUAUCACUUGGUGGCACUAAUUAAACAAACUAUGAAAUUGUCA